UUUUCUUCUUUCUUUAAUAUAUAAAAUAUAAACUUAUCUUCUCUUUUUUUGCUAACAUGUAACUCAUAUAUUCGUUUCUACAUAUUCAAGAUCUCUCUGUCUUUCUCUUAUUCCAUUCUAACUUUUAACUUCAAAACAGUUUCUCUUUCUUUCCUUUUCCCCAGCCUAACCAUGUCAUCUUACAAUACACCGGAUCAACCUUCUUCCUCUUCCAACUCCGGCCACCACAUGCCACCACCGGUUCAACAACAACUUAGCCGCUACGAAUCACAGAAACGCCGCGACUGGAACACGUUUCUACAAUACCUUAAAACCCUAAAUCCACCCAUAAAAAUCUCCCAAUUCGACCACACGCACGUGCUAAGCUUCCUCGACUACUUAGACCAGUUCGGUAAAACCAAAGUCCAUCACCAAGCUUGUGCCUUCUUCGGGCAACCCGAUCCACCAUCUCCUUGCACCUGUCCUCUUAAGCAAGCUUGGGGAAGCUUAGAUGCUUUGAUCGGACGGCUGAGAGCUGCUUACGAUGAACAUGGUGGUGGAUCAUCCGAUAGUAACCCGUUUGGGAACGGGUCAAUUCGGAUUCAUUUGAGGGAAAUUAGAGAGUCUCAAGCUAAGGCUCGUGGAAUCCCAUACAGGAAGAAAAAGAAAAGGAAGAAAACCGCAAACGACCCAUUGAUCAGUGAUCAAGAAAGAUUUUCAAACUCUGGGGGGUCGUAAUCACUAGUCCCAUUGAUCACUCAUCACUCGAUCAUUUAUAUAAGACAGAAUCAAAUAAGAUGACUAAAAAUGGAAAAGAUGGUCUCGAUCUCAGGACACAGCCUACCAUUUUUGGAUACAGUUUUUGAGCCAUGAAAUUAUACAUGCCCGGUUAUAUAUUUGUAAGUUUGAGAAGAUUUCUAAACUCUUUCUAAAUGUAUUGGUAUUAUAUCUAUGUUUACGACUUUGUAGUCAUGUAUCUAUAUACAUACACGCGUGUAUAUCAUACAUGUCAAAACAUGAUAUUCAUACAUAUCGUAUGUAUAGUUGUUAGAUUUAAUUUUCUAUGAUUCAUCAAUGUGAAUCUUUUAACCA